AUCGGAUCCACUCGGAUCACUUUAUCAUUAUACCCUACUAUAUCCAAAAUGGAUCCCGAAAAAGAAUGCGACCAUGAAACAGUCGAAGAUGUCAAGUCUCAGUCUUCAACACCAGAGCUGGAUCGCUCAGCGGAGAAACGACUGCUCUGGAAACUUGACAUCCACGUUGUUCCGAUCCUUAUGUUCCUUUUCUUGCUUGCCUUCCUUGAUCGGAUCAACAUUGGAAACGCCCGACUCCAAGGUUUAGAGAAAGAUCUGGGUAUGGAAGGCCAUGAUUAUAAUAUUGCGCUUUUUAUAUUCUUUAUUCCGUAUAUUCUAUUUGAAGUUCCCAGCAAUCUCGUCUUGAGGAAAGUGCCACCGUCGUGGUGGUUGAGUGGGAUUAUGUUCCUGUGGGGCAUAGUGACAAUCUGCCAAGGUGUAACUAAAAGUUUCGGUGGCCUCGUUGCAUGUCGUUUCUUAUUGGGGUUGUUUGAAGCAGGGUUCAUGCCAGGUUGCAUUUAUUUGAUUGCUAUGUAUUACAAGCGUCAUGAAUUGCAGUGGCGAUUGAAUGUCUUCUUCAGUGCUAGCAUUCUGGCUGGCGCAGUUAGUGGACUUCUCGCCUAUGCUAUCGCCCAGAUGGAUGGUGUGGCAGGUUAUAGCGGCUGGCGCUGGAUCUUCAUCAUAGAAGGUCUAGUUACAGUCGUUGCUGCUAUUGUUGCCAAGUUCCUUAUUGUGGAUUGGCCAGAGAAAGCAUCGUUUUUGAAUGAGCAAGAGCGAGCUCUGCUGCUUCAGAGACUAUCGGAGGACCAUGGAGAGGCGCAAAUGAACCGCUUCGACAAGCCAGCGAUCAAGCGUACAUUCUCGGAUAUCAAGCUUUAUCUGGGUCCGAUCAUGUACUUUGGUAUUGUAAACACCGGCUACGCUUCAUCCUUCUUCACCCCAACAAUUCUCAAACAACUCGGCUGGACAUCCGUUCGAGCCCAAGUCAUGAGUAUCCCAAUUUACAUCGUCGCGACAGUGAUCGCACUAGCCACAGCCUUCGCAAGCGAUCGACUGCGCCAUCGAUUCGCAUUUACAUUGACAGGCUGUAUCAUCGCCACAAUUGGGUACGUGAUUCUGAUCUGCCAGAAGUCAGUGCCCGUUGGUGCCCGAUAUUUUGCUCUGUAUGCCAUCACCGGCGGAGGAUACAUGACGCAGCCGAUUUUAAUGGGCUGGCUUAGCAACAACAUGGGUGGGCAUUAUAAGCAAUCGAUUGCGUCGGCUAUGCAGAUCGGAUUUGGUAAUUGUGGCGGUCUCGUUGCCAGCAAUGUCUUUUUUGAUUCGGAGGCUCCAACCUAUGCUACUGGUUUCGGUGUGAGUUUGGGUAUGGUGUGGAUUUGUGGUUUGGCGUGUGUUGUCUUCUUUACUUAUUUGCAUCGUGAGAAUCGUCUCCGUGAGCAGGGUAAGAGGGAUCAUCGAUACCAGUGGCCGCGGGAGGAGCUGGAGAACCUUGGAGAUGAUCAUCCUAGUUUCAGGUUUACUUAUUGA